AUCUGCAUUAUCGUCAAAAAAGUGACAGUUGCAAAAUUUCUGCUUAAUAACGAAAAUUACAGUUAUUUAUAAAAUUGUAUAACCUAAUUGUGACACCAACUGUUUACUGCUUUAGAUUUUUGCCGGUUUUUCAAAAAUCAAUUAGAAUGUUGAUCAAAGUUAAAACUCUUACCGGUAAGGAAAUUGAGAUUGAUAUAGAACCGACAGAUAAAGUUGAAAGAAUUAAAGAACGAGUAGAGGAAAAAGAAGGGAUUCCACCUCAACAACAAAGAUUAAUCUUUUCAGGAAAACAAAUGAAUGAUGAGAAGACUGCUCAAGACUAUAAAGUUCAAGGCGGUUCUGUCCUGCAUUUAGUGUUAGCACUUCGUGGUGGUACAUCAUUUUAAGUUUUUCGCCCCUUUGGAAGGGUUCAUCUUUAGGUUACUAUGUAAAUCAUUAAAUAUUCACUCUUAUUUUUUGAUGCCUUUGUUUUAAUAAAUACAGUGGUAAAUUA